AUGAAGUUGGAAGAGUUAGAGCUUAAUAAUGAGAUAGUUAUUGGAGAAAAUGAAAUUUCAGAUUUUUAUCCGUUAAAUGAUGUAGAAUCAACUAUCAAUGAGGCAGAACCCAGUAGUGAGUCUCUCGUACAAAAAUAUCCAAAUGUAGAUAGCCCGAAAGAUAAUUGGCUUUUACCUUCAGGAAGAUUGAUAAGAAAUAUAAUUUAUGGGCCAAAGAAUUUUCACAAAUCGCAUCCAUCACAUUUUGGAAUAAUACGUAUUGGUGUCAAUGUUCGUAAGCCCGAAUGGAUAGAGGAUGAAGAUUGGAUCUAUUUGAAUUCAACUGUUGAAUUCCCACGCUUUAAAUUAUCUUCUAACACAGAAGAAUUACUAAUUUUACUUUUAAAGACCGACUCUUUAACCGAAUAUAAGAAAACCAUUCGUGAAGCAAAAUACAAAAAUGAUAUCGAUCCUGAAAUGGAAUUUAUUACGGAUGUUCUUUGGUGGUUGUAA